AAAAGCAAACCAGUUAGUACCGACACUCGAAGCAGCAUAAUUUUCUUGUAUUACUCUAUUGUACUUCAAUGAGUCCACACGUAAAAUGUUGAUAUUAAUUUACUUAGUUUCGGUGCUGUGUAGUGUAAGGGGAGCCAUUUUCUAUGACUCGUAUUAUGGGACUCAGAUUACAAGGGAAGAUGUGAAAAGACAUGAUAAGGCUAAUACUACUUUCUGGUGCGUCAACGAGAUAGAGCCAUGUGAUCCUCACGAAGGCAGGAGAGUGGAUGGUUCCUGCAACAACCUGCAGCAUCCCACCAGAGGAGCCACUCAUACUCCUUUCGCGAGGGUAUUACCACCUGUCUUUGAUAAAAACUUUGAGCCGAAGAAAGCAGCGUCUGGCAAUGACCUGCCUCUAGCUAGAUACCUGAGAACCCGUCUGGUGUCAGUCGGUCGAGUACCGAGCCCCCUGUUCACGAACCUGGCCAUCCACUUCAUAGUCUUCAUGUCUGCUGAUAUUGUUUCUUUGCAUGACACAGUAAACUACAUAGCAUGGAAACCAUACUGCUGUCUGGAACGAGGCAAGACUGACUACAUGUGCGCCCCCAACAAGAUCCCUGAUGAUGACCCGGUUCACCGCUUCUCUGGCGUCCGAUGCGUCAACAUGACCAGACCUGAGACUUUCCAGACUAUUGGCUGCAUUAAGAAUGAUACUGCUCCUGAAAGAAUCGUAUCAUCAACUCCAUUACUGGACCUGUCAGUUAUAUACGGCAAUGCAUUGUCUAGCCUGAUGCAAAAAGGACGCUCGUUCCAAGGAGGUAUGGUGAAGACUGAAUUGGAUGACAAAGGAAGGGUAUGGCCACCCAGUACUAAGACUCAAGCUAAUGUGUGCUUCUUGAAUCAAAGACCUCAGGAGACCAGGUGUCAUGAUAUGCCGGAAGAUGGUGGUAACACUCUAGCAGGAAUAAACCUCAUGGUGGUAUGGUUCUGGAGGUACCACAACUUCAUCGCCAAACAGCUGGCUGCCGUCAACCCUUGCUGGGACGAUGACAAACUGUUCAACGUGACGAGGGAUAUUAACAUAGCUGUGUCGUUGCAGAUCUAUUACUAUGAGCUGUUGCCGAUUUUCAUGGGGUAUGAGAACAUGGUGAAAGACGGAGUGUUAACAUCGACUGGCGGCUUCAAAGACGAUUACAACCCGCACGUGUUGCCGCAAGUUUCACUCGAAUACCCCUUCGUAUUGAGAUGGGUGCACACUGUGCAAGAAGGUCCGCUCAAAUUAUACGACAAAGAUGGCUACUACCUGAAACAAAUACCUAUAGUUAACCUUACCUUAAGGACUGGUUACUUUGGCGUGGAUGAUAAUAUGGACUAUCUGACCCAAGGCAGCUUUAGACAAGGCAGUGCACAGUUUGAUUAUAUUGCUGAUCCUGAUGUGACAGAGAUGGGUCUCGGUCCUCACCAGUAUGUCUCGGAUCUGAUGACGAAUGACUUGGCAAAGAAUCGCUACUUCGGAUUCCCACCUUAUGUCAAGUACAGAGAGUUCUGUUUCGGAAAGCCGAUCCUCAGCUUCGAUGAUUUACAUGGGAUUAUUGACCCUGAGCGCAUAGAAAUCCUAAAAGAAGUAUACGAGAAGGUAGAAGACAUUGACCUGCUGGCUGGUAUUUGGGUAGAGAAGCCAAUCCCUGGAGGCUUCGUGCCUUCGACCUUCUACUGCCUGGUGGUGGAACAACUCAGACGUAACACCAUAUCUGAUAGGCAUUGGUAUGAAAGACCGGACAGGCCUAAUGCUUUUAAUUUAGCACAACUAUCUGAAAUCAGGAAAGUUACAAUAGCAAGACUGCUGUGUGAUGUCGGCGAUACAGUUGAAAGGAUACAACCUCAAGCGUUCUUGAAAGCUGGUUACGCAAACCAAAUGUGUUCCUGUGACGAAAUAAACAAGAUAGAUUUCCACGCUUGGAAAGAUGAGAAAUGUGAACCUGAAAAUCAUUGGACCAAAUACCUUGUGUACUAGAAUAAUUUUAUUAUACUAUCUAGCA